AUGGCCCUCACCACCAGGCAAACACCCAGCGCCAUGCAACAACCGAGCAACAUGCAACAACUGAUGCCAGCACCGAGCGACAUGCAACAACUGAGGCCAGCACCGAGCAGUAUGCAACAACUGAUGCCAGCACCGACCAGUAUGCAGCAACUGGUAUCAGCACCGAGCAGUACGCAGCAAAAUGUAUCAGCACCAGGCAGCAUGCAACGCCAGAUGCAAGCACCGAGCAGCAUGCAACAACUGAUGCCAACACCCAUGAGCACGCAACAACUGAUGCAAACACCCAUGAGCACGCAACAACUGAUGCAAACACCCAUGAGCACGCAACAACUGAUGCAAACACCUAGCAGCAUGCAACAACAGCACACUAGCAGCAUGCAACAACAGCACACAGGCAGUCGACCGAUGAUCUCGAGCUCGGAAGAUGCUGCGAUGACGAGGCUAGUUCAGGGAUACCAUGCCCCCGAUGGCAGGGAGGUUAACGUGAAGCCACUCCUCAAACUUGCCGAGGAUAUCUUCUCCCGUGCCGAUGCCAUUGCCAUUGCCAUUCUCGGACCGGCCUAUCAAAUUCAGAGUACGGGAGCUUUUGAGGACUUGAAGACUACCCAAUCUGCAAGCUUGCUUGACAUGCCUGAUGCUCCAGCGUAUACCAUUGAUCGAAUUGCCAGCGAGAUAGCAUCCUACUACGUGGCAGGGAGUGAUGCACAUGCAACAACAGUCUCAGUUCUCCAGCACUUGAUAUUGAGCUACAAAUGGGAUGCCAAGAUGGUACUGGUCUUAUCAGCUCUGGCAGUGAAAUAUGGAGAAUUUUGGCUACUAGUCCAUUUUCACACCACCAACCCAUUGGCCAAAUCCGUGGCAAUCCUCAAGCUACUGCCUGAAACCUUGGAGCAUCAAAGCCUUCUGAAACCCCGGUUUGACGCCAUUAGAAUGCUUAUUAAAGCUAUGGUUGAUCUCGCAUACUGCAUUCUCAGGUUCAACGAUCUUCCACCUCAGUAUUUCGCCACCGAGAAUAUACCGGCGGUGUCCGCCUUUGAGGCUCAUACGCCAAUUGCCGUCUAUUGGACCAUCAGAGGUGUUGUGGCUUGUGCUGCUCAGAUUGCUAGCCUGAUCGGGAUAGGACAAGAGUACAUUUCAUCAACAACCGAGUCUUGGGAACUGUCAACCUUGGCUCACAAGAUCAAUAACAUACAUAGCUUCCUAACAGAACAACUGGAACUGUGCGAUAAACAUAUAAAGGAGAGAAAGCAAAUUGAAGUCUACCAAGAUCUACUUCGUUACCUUAAAACACCCCAACUUGAUAACAUCAAGUUUCUCAGAGCAUUGCUUUGUGGAAAGGAUGAUCCAACUCCAAUUGUCGAUGGAGACACAAAACUGAGGGUUAACAUUGAGGUCUUGAGGAUGAAAAACGUGCUGUUGCUCAUAUCAGACCUAGACAUCCCACAGGAAGAGCUUGCAAACCUGGAAAACAUAUACCAGACCCACCGGACAAGGCAGAACAUUUCGUACGAGGUUGUGUGGCUACCAAUCCUAAAUGAAACCGACUUGUGGACUCCAGAAAAGCAAAAGCAGUUUGACGAACUGCAGCGUCCAAUGCCAUGGUACACAUUGCACCACCCUUCACUGAUCGAGAAGCCAGUAAUCAGGUUUAUUAGGGAGAUAUGGAACUUUAGAAAGAAGCCAAUUCUUGUGGUGCUUGACCCACAAGGACAGGUUGUGUCCCCGAAUGCUCUCCACAUGAUGUGGAUUUGGGGCAGUAAGGCUUCUCCUUUCACAACCAUGAGGGAGAUAUCUCUAUGGGAAGCAGAGUCUUGGAGGCUUGAGUUGCUGGUGACUGAUGAAAUUGACCCCACAAUACAGACCUGGAUAUCACAACGAACACUCAUAUGUCUGUAUGGUGGAGAAGACCUGGACUGGAUUCGAAAUUUUACAAAAGCUGCACGAGACGUUGCCCAAGCUGCAGGCAUUACCUUGGGAAUGGUAUAUGUAGGAAAGAGCAAUCCAAGGGAUAGAGUCCGGAGGAACAUAUUAAGCAUCAGCGAAAGCAAAAUUGGUAAUUCCUGGGAUCUGAAUCAGAUUUGGUACUUCUGGGUUAGACUUGAAAGCAUGCUCCAAUCUAAGAUGCAACUGGGCAAAGCUCCUGAGACUGAUCCUGUAAUGAAGGAGAUUAUGGCAAUGCUGAGUUUCGACAGCAGCGAGAUUGGAUGGGCCUUGAUGAGCAUAGGAUCAGCCGACCUGGCCAAAGCAAAGGGAAGUAUUUUCUUGACUGGCUUGAUGCAGUUUGACAGGUGGAGAGAAAAUGUGCAGACUCAGGGUAGUUUCAUGGCGCCACUGAGGGACCACCUCAAUUUCCUGAUCAAAGAAGCCCCACAUCACUGUAACCGAUUGCUGCUUCCGAGCACUGCCGGGAAGAUCCCAGAGAAAGUUGUGUGCUCCGAAUGUGGCCGUCCCAUGGAUAGGUACAUCAUGUACAAAUGCUGUGAUGAGUAAUUACAUAGGGUCAUCAUCGGAUCAGACACCAUAUAUAUCUACCUAAAAUAACUAAGUGUGUGGCAAGUUUGCUUUGUGGUUUUCCUUUGAAUAUAAUGCUGGGCUUGUAAUAAGAAAAAGCAGUGUCGGGGAUUGGCAGUUGGGUCCUUGGAUUUUGGACUUUAUUUGCUCUUGAACACUGAAAUGUAAUACAAUAAAUCUUGUGUAAACCUUCAAAGUUUGAGUAAUACAAUAAAUUUUGUGU